AGUUCAAAGAACUGGUGGACAGGGAUCCAGUAAUGCAAGUAUUUCUUCAGCACAAGUCAUCGACAGUGUUGGCGCCGACCAACGCGGCCAUCGAGAAACUGGAGGCCAAACGACUGCGAAAAGACGUUUUGGACAAAAUAGCCUCAUAUCACACCGUCGGAGUGGUGGUGAAGAAGGAGUCGUUUCCGUAUAGUGUCAGCUCAUCCCUUCAAGAAGCGGCUCCCCUUUACCUGAGCUAUAAGGAGCGUCGACCUGUCGGUCAUCACGAGUACUUCCAUCAGGAUAUCAAAGAGUUUUACGUGAAUAACGCGAAGAUCAUCAAAGAGUACACACUUCGUGGUACUAAUGGCGAGCAACUGCUGUACAUCAUUGACGAGGCCCUCGAGCCUUACAUUCCGUCGACACCUCUGCCCCCCUUCGCACUCGAGCUCAUUAGUCAGCCCAACAUCUACGGCAUCGACGAGCGAUGGGAUAACUACUACAAUAAGAUCACAAACAAUAAACAGGAGGCCGUCUUCGAGAGGACGGGCAACCAUACCUUCUUCGUGCCCAUCGGCGACGUGCGGCCCGAGCUCUUCGACAAGUAUGUAGUGCUCGGACACGUCAUCCCAAACCACGUCCUAUUCCUGAAUGUGAUGGGAAAGGAGUCGUACCGGUCGGCCGCCAACGACGCGACCGUCAAUGUGGAGCUCUCUUUGAUUAACCGAACCCUUCGUAUAAAUCCUGAGCAAACAUAUUAUGUUCAGUCGAAUACCAUUAAAGCCGAUCCCAGACAUAACAAGGGGGUUGUCAUGAGUCGUGUGCUCAGAGCCAACAUUCCCGUCAAGAAUGGUGUCGUCCAUCUCAUCGAGAAACCGCUGAUGAUUAUCGACACCUCAAUCAUUGACUUCCUUCAUCAGGAAAGCGAUGGACGACUCAAGACGUUCAACAAACUCUUGGAUUUGGUGCCAGAGAUUAGAUCAGAGAUCAGUCGACUCGAGCAGAAGACCAUAUUAGCGCCGACUGACGCCGCCUUCAGUAAUCUGAAUGAGAGUGAAAACGACAAUAAAGUGGAUUAUCUCAUCAAAAACAUCGAUCAACUCAGAGAUCUCCUGCGCCUCCAUAUGGUGUCCCAACAGUCCGUCUCGACGGACGACAUUCGCCGCGGAAUCAAACCGGAGGUGUUGUCGGCUGACAAUCGGCGAAGUCUUUUCUUCCGAGUGGUCGGCGACGACGCCAACACUCGGCUCACAGUCGAAGGCGGAGGAGUCAAUGCGACCGCAGUUCAGGCAGACAUCGGCGCCACGAAUGGCAUCAUUCACAUCAUCGAUCGGGUGCUGGGAAUGCCUUUCCAGAACAUCUACGACAAGCUGAAGACCGACCCCUCCCUGUCCUUCUCCUUCGAGUUGGGAAGACAGGGGAACCAGAACUGGAACGAACAGCUGCUCCGAGAGGACAGACGGUUCACAUACUUCGUGCCCUCCAAUGACGCCUGGGAUCAGUUCAAGAGAGAGAAUCCGUCGGAAUAUAAACAGUUGGAAAUGAAGUUAUUUCCCGCAAACACCAGAAAUAUACUGGACAGACAUUUAGUAGUGAACCAACAAAUCUCAUCGACACAACUGGAGACACAGUUCGAUACAAUACAUACCGUGAAAGGCAUACUAAAAGUGGCCAAAAGCUCAGUCGGAUUCGUAAGGCUAAGCGAGAGUUUGUUGGAUGAAAGGUCGAGCCUUCCCAUCAUAGCAAUUGCCAAAUGCGGCUAUAAUUGUUGGCCUAAGUAUGGCAUCGACACCGACAAGGACUUGGAUAUAAACACAAAUCUGAUGCAAAUGAGUCACAAACAUCUGGAUGACUAUCAGAUCGGCGAACUCAGGGGUUGUAUGGAAGAGUGUCUCAUACGAGACACACAAUCAGAAUACUAUCCAUCAGUGGAUCAGUCAUUUGGACCAAACAAUUAG